CUGCUCCCUUCCAACAUGGACUAGUGUUUGGCUGUGACGUCAUCCGUCACCGCCCUGCUUGCUUGCUUGCCUGCCUGCAGUGUAGCUGCCUACAGAUGAGGAUGGAGACUAUACAAGCGGCCUUGCCGUCAACUGUUGUCCCGAGUGGGCGUUGAGGGACCCGAACCUUGACACAAGUGACCCCCCCACCGCACCCCCCCUGCCGCCUUUCAAGAACUUGAGGGGUGGAGGAGAGAAAAACCGUGCGACGAGAUGCUCCACGGCGGCGAUAGGCGAGGGAGCGGCGGGCUGUGGCGCUCCGGACACGGGGUACCACCGACCACCGUGGAGGCUCUUUAGGGAAGACAUCCACCGCGUAUACAUCAACGAAAUAAACCAAAAUCCAAGCAUCGGGUUGGACUGGAGGUGCUUUGGACCGGGUGGAGCCGCGCGAUCGUGAAUAAAAGAUGAGGCACCCAGCUCCGGAGCUUCUCAUAGGGUUGGUGUUUAUGCCUAUACGCCGCUGAGGAUCCACCACUUGCACCCACCUGACACGGGCCGUGUGGUGUCCGCGAAGGAGAUGCUGUGUGCGGCCACGCGUGUGAGCGGCGCCCUUGUUCGAGCAGGCUCUCCAUACCGUCUCUAUGUUGAUGCAAUCUGGCCGUCACGGUGAUGCAAGCGGGCCGCCUGUGGACACCACAACCAGGCCUUAGUGUACGGAACAUGGUGGAGAAGACCACUGAGUGAUGCUGCGUGGAGCUCUCCAAAGGAUUUAAGUGAAGUUUACAGUUUUUAAACAACAACACAAAGUAGCCACCAUGUCCAAAGUGGUCAGCAACAAGGAGAAGAAGUCCUUCAGCAAGAAGCUCUUCCGGAGAAGUUCUGUUCGCUCCGUGGGCAGCUUCAUGAACAGAGUUCUUCGGACUCUUUCCACUUUAUCUCAUUUCAGUACCGAUGAACAGGCCGCCCACGACGACAAGGACGACGCCGCUUUGAUUCCGACCACCACUGGGGGUUCGGUCCCGUCCGACGACAGCGACUGUGGGGGGUUCCCUUUCGGUGACAAGGUGCCAGGCGUGGCCGGGCUGAAAAAUCACGGCAACACCUGCUUUAUGAACGCCAUCCUGCAGUGCCUGAGCAACACCGAACUCUUCGCAGAGUACCUGGCCUUGGAGCAGUUCCGGGGAGGAGGAGGUAGUGGUGGAGGAGGAGGAGAGGCGGGCAGUGGGACCGACACUAAGGCGAGUAAGUCAAACGGGGUGCUGGUGCAGAAGAAGGGCAGCCAGCAGCAGCAGGAGGGGUCCGGGGAGGUAACUGAGCAGCUGUCCGGCCUGGUUCGGGCUCUCUGGACCUUUGAGUACACACCUCAACACAGCAGAGACUUCAAGAAUGUGGUGUCAAAGAGCGCUCUUCAGUUCAAGGGGAAUUCCCAGCAUGACGCCCAGGAGUUCCUCCUGUGGUUGCUAGAUCGUGUUCAUGAGGACCUCAACAACAUCAUCCACCCUGAUGUGAGACCCCCCAGGACGCCUCCAGUAGAAAAUGAAAACGCUCCUGAAGGAUCUCCAUUGCCCAUGCCUGGAUCUUUUGUGCAGGAGCUUUUCCAGGCACAAUACAGAUCCUCCUUGACUUGUCCGCACUGCCAGAAACAGAGCAACACUUUUGAUCCUUUCCUCUGCAUCUCACUGCCAAUCCCGGUACCUCACACACGGCCCUUGUAUGUGACAGUGGUGUACCAGGGCAAGUGCUCCCACUGUAUGAGGGUGGGUGUGGCCGUGCCUCUGUCUGGUACUGUGUCCAGGCUGAGACAAGCUGUGGCCCAGGAGACCAAAAUCCCUGCUCAGCAGAUCGUCCUCACGGAGAUGUACUACGACGGCUUCCAUCGCUCUUUCUGUGACGACGACGACGACCUCGAGAUCAUUCAGGAGAGCGACUCCAUCUUUGCGUUCGAGACGCCCGAGCUCUUCAGGCCUGAACAGAUCCGCUCGAAGAGAGGCGGGAGUCCACAUGCUAACCUCAACCAGAACAACUUAAAGUAUGGCACAGAUAACAAUCGAAUAUCCACCCAAAUUCAGGAGACGACUACUCCGCCUCCUAGUCCCAAUAAGAACAGCGGGCAGGAUGAGAAGGUGGUCUUGUUGGUGUGUAACCGAGCCUGUGCUGGCCAACAAGGACGCAGGUUUGGCAAUCCUUUUAUACUUUACUUGGAGCGUACAGUCACAUGGGAUGUACUCCAGAAGGAAAUUCUGGAAAAGAUGCGGCACCUUUUGCGCCCUGGAGCCGUUGUGCAGGUGGGGCCCUUCACUUUACGUGUGGUAGGGGUCGUUGGGAUCACAUAUCUCCUUCCUCAAGAGGAGCAGCCACUCUGUCAUCCAUCUGUGGAGAGAGCAUACAAGUCCUGUGGUCCUGGCGGGCCACCUCAUGUCAAAAUUGUUGUUGAAUGGGACAAAGAAACGAAAGACUAUCUGUUUAAAAGAACAGAAGAUGAAUACAUCCCGGAUGCUGAAAGCGUGCGUCAAGUGAAGGAGCAACAUCUCCAGCCUCAGAGCUGUUCACUUGCUCAGUGCUUUCAACUCUACACCAAAGAGGAACAGCUUGCUCCUGAUGAUGCCUGGCGAUGUCCACACUGCAAGCAGCUCCAGCAGGGCAGCAUCAAGCUGAGUCUGUGGACCCUGCCUGACAUCCUCAUACUGCACCUCAAACGCUUUAGACAGGAUGGGGAUCGGCGCAUGAAAAUGCAAAACAUGGUGAAGUUCCCCCUGACCGGCAUGGACAUGGCGCCGCACAUGGUCAAGAGGAGCCAAAGCAGCUGGAGCUUACCCUCUCACUGGUCGCCAUGGAGACGGCCUUAUGGCAUGGGCCGUGACCCCGAGGACUACCUUUACGAUCUGUACGCUGUGUGCAACCAUCACGGGACGAUGCAGGGAGGGCAUUACACAGCUCAGUGCAAGAACUCCAUUGAUGGACAGUGGUACUGCUUUGAUGACAGCGACGUUCAUCCAGUAUCAGAAGACGAGGUUUGCAAGCAGACGGCUUACAUCCUGUUCUAUCAGAGACGUGCCACCAUUCCAUCUUGGUCUGCCAACAGUUCUGUAGGAGGAUCCACAAGUUCUUCCCUGUGUGAGCACUGGAUCAGUCGCCUGAUGGGUAGCCGCCCACCAAGCCAAGCCUCCUCCGGGUCCUCCAGACGAACCUCACUAGCCUCCCUAUCAGAGUCGGCUGAGUUUGCCGGAGAACGGAGCGAGGAUGAUGCCUUAUCGAGCAGACCUGCAGUGAGAGGCAUGCAAAGGCAGACUUUCUCCUCGAGGACUUCCAUCGCAAGUCCGCUGGUGCUCAGUGAGAAUGGCCAGAAACCAUCCUGGUCUCACUCUGCUAAGCUGCAACUCCGGUCAAACUCCCCAUCACGCUUCUCCCUGGAAUCCCACUCCUCGUCCCCGACACUGGAAAUGAUAGGAGAGGUGGUUGACACCAAGUUGUCCACCUCUUGCUUUAGUGGGUCCCCUAAGCUUGGAGCCAAGUCUGUCUUGGAUCACAAUCCCGGCAGUAAGAGGCUGAUUGAGCAGCUUCACUCCAAAGCUGUGUCCCAAGCAGAGAUGCGUCUCUCCGUCCAAACUGGGGACAACAACAAUCUAGUCAGUGGUGUUGAAGAAGUCAGUCCUCGACAUGGAGCUACUGCAAAGGAGCUGAAGCAAAGAAACGUGCCUGCAGACAGCUCAGCUGUCAAACGGACCUCAGCGAGGACCGGCUUGGAAAGUGAAAGGAGCCCCAAGAAGCGUCCUGCUGCCUCCUCAACGUCCUCCAGCUCUCUGUCUCCUGCAUCACCAGCUGUUGAUAAGUCCCCAGCUCGAGCACAGGCUAAAGGUGCUGCAAACAAUCCAAAAGACAAGAGUGAUGGAGCUCCGAAGACCAGUAAGACUGGUUCCUCAAGAACGACAACACCCUCCAAAAAGUCAUCCCAGACACAGGAGGGGUUACAUCCUGAUUCGGCAAGGAAGGGCGGCUCUCCUGGAAGUUCACACCCUCAGAGGAGGACCAUGCCCAAAGGAGGUGGUGAUAAAGUUUCAGCCUUAGGAAGGACUAAAGGAGCAGACAGGAGCACCAGCCGGGAUUCACGGACUGCUGCGGCGUCCGAGAAGAAGGUUAACGGUGGAGGUCCUCCGUGUAGGUCGAGUGCCGGAAGUAGAGUGGAGGGCAGGCCAAGUCGCGCUGUGGAAAACAGGAUGGUUGCACGGAGUUCUAGCAGCAGCUCCUCCAUGACGAGUCUACGAUCCUCCAGUGUUGUCGUUCCCUCCUCCGCCCCGCCGUCAAGGGCACCUCGAAGGAACAGUAAGACCGAGGACAAAGCUUUGUCCUUCUUCAAAACUGCCCUCAGGCCCAAAGACACUCGCAAAUCAGUGGACGGUGGGACGCCUGAGGAUGGAGGUGGGGAUCCGGCGAAAGAAGGAGGGACUAAGAAACCCCAGAACGCAACCUCGGAGGUCACCACAACAAAGGACUCCUCAAAGGUUUCCACUGCAGCUAAACAUUCACUGCUGCCCUCUGCGAAAUCCAAACUCUCAGAAACCACCAACCAGGCUUCCUCUGCGAAAGACCCCGCCAAGAAAGAACCUGCCAAAAAGAUCAUGCAGUCCAGGAAAAUCCCGAUCAACUCUACACAAUCGAGCCAGAGGUCCAAAUGAAAUCCAUCCGAGGGCCUCGCUCUCCUUUCUCGUGCAGCUCCUUUCAGUGGUUACUGGUUACUAGCUGCCAUUCGGAACACUUCCUGUCCACUUUGUUCUAUACUUCUUUAGGAAUGGGUUUUACCAAAGCACUUUGUAUGGAUUGCAUUGAUUUCCAGGAAAUACUCUACUGCAUUGUAAAUACGCAUGGGUUGCUCAUGUAUUGGAAUGAUUGCCUUGUUGUGUCUUUAGCUUAGCUGGAGAGAGUGUGUGGGAUGAAGCGUCGUUUCCACCAGGCGGUACGCUUCGGUAUGUGGAUUGGCAUGGGCAAAAUUUUCCAAACAAACAACAUUCCCUGUUGUGUUGAUGUCAUGAGCAGAAGCGAAGGUUUUUGUGGAAAACAAACAAAAUGAGACCGAAUCAGCAGUUCUUCUGUUGGUUGCACCCGAAAAGUGCAGUCCUCAAAGGCUCCUUGACACCAUUAAUCAACACUUGGAAAUGCUCGGGCGUUUAUUUACCCAAACCGCAAAGAAAACGUGACACCUCAAUAUAUAACUUAAUUUGUGCAACAGAACCAAUGUUGUAAAAGUUGCUCUUAGCCAGCAUUAAUAGCACUGAUGAGUUUAUUGUACAACACCAGUAUGACAAGUGUCAUACUGUCAUACACCUGACUUACACACCAACAACUGAUUUGCAACAUUGUAAAGCGCAUGCAGAGGUAAAGAAAGCAGCUAGAUGCUGACAACUCAUGAUACUUCAAAUGCAGCUACUGCCAUCUUGUGGCGUUAGUGAAAAACUAGAUCUGGAGGUUGCCUACAGCCACAGCUGCCAAUGUUUUUUGGCCAGGCACUAAUUGAGACCCAGUGGUUACAUAUGAGAGACUCAGCGGUUAAUUGGAGUAUUUACAGUGGGGGCGUAGCGAGACACACUGUUGCCCGUUGAUUGGAAACGUCUGGUGGAAACGUGGAUUUUUUAGUCACCAAAGGGUGUUCAAUGGCAGUUUUGCUUUUAAAACUCUGAUAUAUUUCCCGAAAAACCUUUUCGCUCUUCUGUAAACACGGGGAGACAUAAUGUGUCAACAUCAGUGCCUCAGAUAAUCAUAGUAUUUAAUGGAAAUUGUAUAACUGCAGGUGUUGGUAACAAUUUAUAAGUAGAACAUUUAUUAUCAUAAGCACUGAAAAUGUCAUUUUAAGUCACACCUAUGUAACCUUAAUCACUGUUUACACACACUUGGUAUAGUACAGACAGGCGGCUGGACGGCAAGCAUGUAUCAGUGACGUUAUUGGACAUCAUGUGUGCGUUUAUUAACUUGUAAUAACACGUUUUAAACCCUCAACAUUUACUUACGGCGCUCUCCGACUGCCACAACGUCUCGGAACAUUCCUCUCAAAUAGAACACAGGGUGUACAAAGGUCACACACACACACACACACAUCUAACACAGUUGAGCACACACCAGCCACAAUAUUAGGUACACCUGCACAGCCAACCUAAUGGGUAGAAAUUCUGCAAAGGUAAUAAUGUUUUUGCGUCACACUUAGAGGUGUUAGUUUCGAAAACAACACCUUUCAGUAUAAUGCAUUAGAAAUAUAUUGUGAAAUGAUUACCUCUCUGACAACUUAUUAUCUUUGUGUAAAUGGUUGAUGUUCUGCAGGUGUACCUAUUGAAGUGGCCCAUGAGUGUACAUGUACAUAGCGUGUUUGAGGCAACUCACCAUCGCCGCUUUCUGCUCACGCUGCAUCACGGUCCAUGUGGAAAAAAAAAAAAAAAAAAAAGAAGAAAAUGUUGCAUGAUGACUUGCUUAUGCAUGCACUCAACUAUGCAAGCAAACUCUCGCUAAUGGCCACCACCGCUGACUACGUUGAAAGCUCUUGGAUGUGUACAUAGUAUUUCUUAGUGUUCUAUUUUUACAAAAAAAAAAAUGCCAGCAUCAGAGAGCAUGUGGAAGGCAUUUCUUUAUCAAUGCUUUGUUUGCACAACUUCUUCAAAAGUAAUAUAUGACAUUUUGUAUGAAUGUUAGCGACUGCUCAUUUACUCCAAAGUAAAACUCAUCUCACUUGAAAAUGAA